UAAAAGGAAAAAAGUGCAAAAGGAGGAAAAGAAAAUAAGGAAGAAAAAAAAAAAAAGGAGAGAGAAAGCACUCUCCCUCUCCUCAGCUGCAUCAAAUACAGCAGCCUGAAACUUUAUGGAGUUCUCGCAGUGUUUUCCCCGCGGUGGGUAGAUCGGCAGCACCCCGCUCGCUCCUUCCUGCUCUUUCUCCCUCUCACUCAUCAGCAGUCAGCAGCGAUGGAAAAAGUUGCUGGCUGGUACCCAGCCUGGCACGUUGCUCUCCUGUACUGGACAUGGCUUUUCCUCUUCACUUUUGGCUUUACCGGCGCUGAAAUAACUUGCAGAUCCUGCCAUUCCCAGGUGAAGCCGCAGCAGCAGCAUCCGCAGCAGGGAUUACCGAUGCAUUUGAAGACCGACAGGGGAGAAAAAGAACAGUGGAGGAUCCCGGGGGAGCAGGGAGGUGAGAGAGGGCAAGGGGCCGGGAUGGAUACGGAAGAUGCCGAGCUUCAAGCACCCUUCGACCCUGCUGUGGCGGGGACCAAAUUCAGCGGCUGGGAGACCCGCAGCUGGGCGAGCGAGCCGGAGAAAAAGCUCGGGGACGGCCGGCCCGAAGCAGCGGCAGCUCCUACCGGGGAGUACCUUCAGCGGGGUCACUGGGGCGGCCGGCGGAACUCGACCCGGCGGCGGCGGGGCCGCAGCCCGCGGGGCACGGCGGGGCCGGGCGGUGCCGCGGGGCGGGAGCCGGGGGGCUCCGGCGCCGCCCGCUUCGGGCUGGAGGAGCUGCGGCUGGGCAGCACCACCUUCGCCCUCACCGGCGACUCGGCGCACAACCAAGCCAUGGUGCACUGGUCGGGCCAAAACAGCAGCGUGAUUCUAAUUCUGACAAAGCUAUAUGACUACAACCUGGGAAGCAUCACAGAGAGCUCUCUUUGGAGGUCAACAGAUUAUGGGACAACGUAUGAGAAAUUGAACGAUAAAGUUGGCCUGAAGACGAUUUUGAGCUACUUAUAUGUCUGUCCAACAAACAAACGAAAGAUUAUGCUGUUGACUGAUCCAGAGGUUGAGAGCAGCUUACUGAUUAGUACUGAUGAAGGUGCCACGUAUCAAAAAUACCGUCUGAACUUCUACAUUCACAGUCUGCUCUUCCACCCAAAGCAGGAAGACUGGAUCUUAGCAUAUAGUCAAGAUCAAAAGUUAUUCAGUUCAGUGGAGUUUGGCAGAAGAUGGCUGCUUCUUCAUGAAGGAGUUGCACCAAACAGGUUCUACUGGUCUAUGAUGGUGUCCAGUAGAGAGCCAGAUCUUGUGCACCUGGAGGCAAAGACAGUGGAUGGUCAUGCCCAGUACAUCACCUGUAAGAUGCAGAACUGCAGUGAAGCCUCACAAAACAAACCUUUUCCAGGCUACAUUGACCAUAACUCCCUGAUCGUCCAGGAUGACUAUGUCUUCGUUCAGGUGACAUCAGGUGGAAGACCGCAUUAUUAUGUUUCUUAUAGGAGGAAUGCAUUUACACCGAUAAAGCUGCCAAAGUACUCCUUGCCCAAGGACAUGCAUGUUAUCAGCACAGAUGAGAGUCAGGUGUUUGCAGCUGUUCAAGAGUGGAACCAGAACGACACAUACAAUCUGUAUAUCUCUGACACCCGAGGGGUGUAUUUCACCCUGGCAUUGGAAAACGUCAAGAGUAGUCAAGGUUUGGAUGGGAAUGUGAUGAUUGACCUCUAUGAGGUAGCAGGGAUAAAGGGAAUGUUCUUGGCUAACAAGAAGAUUGACAACCAAGUGAAAACUUUCAUCACCUACAAUAAAGGGAGAGACUGGAAUUUGUUGCAGGCUCCAGACACUGAUCUGAAAGGAAACCCUGUUCACUGUCUCCUGCCCUAUUGCUCCCUUCAUCUUCACCUGAAGGUCUCAGAGAAUCCCUAUACCUCAGGAAACAUUGCCAGCAGAGACACUGCCCCCAGCAUUAUUGUUGCUUCAGGUAAUAUAGGCCCUGAACUAUCAGACAAUGAUAUCAGUAUGUUUGUUUCUUCUGAUGCUGGAAACACAUGGAGACAGAUCUUUGAGGAAGAGCACAGUGUUCUGUACCUGGAUCAAGGAGGAGUACUGGUUGCCAUAAAACACACAUCUCUGCCUAUCAGACAUCUCUGGUUAAGUUUUGAUGAAGGGAAAUCCUGGAGCAAGUACAGUUUCACAUCACUCCCACUGUUUGUAGAUGGAAUUUUAGGGGAACCUGGAGAGGAAACUCUUAUCAUGACAGUGUUUGGACAUUUCAGUCACCGCUCAGAGUGGCAGCUGGUGAAAAUUGAUUACAAGUCCAUUUUUGAUCGGAGAUGUGCAGAAGAGGACUACUGGACUUGGCAACUCCACAGCCAGGGAGAAGCUUGCAUCAUGGGAGCAAAAAGGAUCUACAGGAAGCGCAAGUCAGAGAAGAAAUGCAUGCAAGGAAAAUAUGCUGGGGGUAUGACUUCAGAGCCAUGUGUAUGCACGGAUGCAGACUUUGACUGUGAUUAUGGAUAUGAACGUCACAGCAAUGGGCAGUGUUUACCAGCAUUUUGGUAUAAUCCAUCUUCCUUGUCAAAAGACUGCAGCCUUGGACAGAGUUAUCUCAACAGCACUGGGUACCGAAAAGUUGUUUCUAAUAACUGCACGGAUGGUGUGAGAGAGCAGUACACAGCAAAACCACAGCAAUGUCCUGGCAAAGCUCCCCAGGGUCUUCGCAUAAUAACCUCUGAUGGCAAACUGACAGCUGAGCAAGGACACAAUGUCACUUUUCUGGUGCAACUGGAAGAGGGAGAUCUCCAAAGAUCCCUCAUUCAGGUGGAUUUUGGCGACGGCACCGCUGUUUCAUAUGCCAAUCUCAGCUCAACAGAAGAUGGGAUCAAACACACCUACCAGAACGUGGGCAUAUUCCGAGUGACCGUGCUGGUGGAAAAUAGCCUGGGAUCUGACAAUGCUGUCCUCUACCUGCACGUAACAUGUCCCUUGGAACAUGUUCAUUUAUCUCUUCCAUUUGUCACCACGAAGAACAAGGAGGUCAAUGCCACGGCAGUACUGUGGCCAAGUCAAGUGGGAACACUUACUUAUGUCUGGUGGUUUGGGAACAACACAGAGCCACUGAUCACUUUGGAAGGGAGCAUCACAUUUACAUUUUCUGUAGAAGGGAUGAAUACCAUCACUGUUCAGGUCUCAGCAGGAAACACCAUUCUUCAGGACACAAAGACCAUCGCUGUGUAUGAGCAAUUUCGGUCCUUGAGGUUAUCCUUUUCCCCAAACUUGGAUGACUACAAUCCAGAUAUCCCAGAGUGGAGAAGGGACAUCAGCCGUGUAGUCAAGAGAGCUCUGGUGGAGGCAACAGGUAUUUCAAGCAAGCAUAUUCUGGUCGCAGUGCUCCCUGGCCUGCCCACAUCUGCUGAACUCUUCAUUUUGCCAUAUCAAGAUGCCACAGGGGAAAAUAAAAGAACAGCAGAAGACCUAGAGCAGAUUUCAGAAAUACUGAUCCAGAAACUGAACCAAAACUUCGUCCAUUUUGAGUUGAAGCCAGGGGUUCGAGUCCUUGUCCAUGCUGCUCAUUUAACAGCAGCUCCCCUGGUGGACCUCACUCCCAGUCACAGUGGUUCAGCAAUGUUGAUGCUCCUCUCUGUCGUUUUCGUGGGACUAGCUGUGUUUGUAAUCUACAAAUUCAAAAGGAAGAUUCCUGGCCUUAAUAUAUAUGCACAGAUGCAGAAUGAAAAAGAUCAAGAGAUGGUCAGUCCAGUCAGUCAGAGGGAAAGCAUACCUAAUGUCCCUCAAAGUGAGCUGAUGAGCCCUGAACAACUAGUAGAUGAGAAGUUGGAUGUCCAGCCCAUAGAGCAACCUCAGGCCACAGUCCAGAACCCAAGGAAAGGAAAUGCAGCCAAGGUAGUCUGGACAGAGGACUUCCAAAAGGCUUGUGGAUCACCAAGAGGUUUCAAGCAAAGACCCGGAGCGGAAGUAUUUCCACAGCUGCUGAGCCCCAGAGCACAAAAGAAAUCCCUACCUAUGUAAAUGGUUGAAUUGAGGACAUCGAUAUAUAUCUAUAUUGGAGAAAAAAAAGAGAACUCAUUGCAUUUGGACUUUUUAAUUCUUCAGAUGACAAAGGGUUUUUAGCUUUAAGCCUGUGCAUGUGGACAUUAUACUGAGACCAUAGCAGAACUGCAUUGUACAGGUGUUCAAUUUUAGUGGGGGGUGGGGGUGGGGGGAGGAACUGAUAUCACUAUUCACCCCUGAAGCCCUUCCCGUCACUCCUCCACUCUCUUUUCUUCUGAUCUGUCUCUAAUUUGUAGAAAAUUCAUAAUAUAGGCCAAGAAUAUGCAUGGGGGUCUCUUC